GCGCUUGCUCAUACAGUACUCAUUUGAGGCCCAAAGCGUUGCGCAAGUAUUGUAUACAUGUCGUCACAGCAUGCGCGACUUUGACACUUACCUGACCAUCACAAUCUGGACUUUGCACCAUGAAGAGUCGAUAUUUACAAUUUCUAGAGCUUGAAAAAUGCCUGGGUACCAUGAGUGAGAUCGGGUACUGUACCUGCCUCAUGUUUAGGUAGGUAAGACGGGGUGUGGACGGGGUGCACCUAACCAUGACGUCAAGGUCCUCAAGUGGUCUCCGGGGCGCGUCUUCACUUUGUUUCAGUUCGAGUUCGGUUCGCGGUUGCCUUUCAAGGCUCCAGACUUCAGGCACCAAAUAAAUUCGUCAACACUUCUUCACGUUUCUGUGUUGGCCAUACUUUGACCGCUGCACAACAUCAACACUGUUGUUCAUCGACCAUAAAUCCUGGUAUUGUACUAACACUUUGUUCACCGUCGCAACCCAUCAUGCCAUCCUCAUCAUCAACCGCCCUCAGCGCGGAAUCAAUCCUUGACUACAUGGUGAAGUCUCUCCCCACUCAACCGACAGACUCUGAACAGUCACCUCUUGUCAAAGACCCUUAUGCUGCUAUUGCCCUCUUCUCCCAUGCUUGUAUGCUUGCAGUAGGUUUCCGUCUCAUCGGCCUGGGAGAAGAUCACAAGUUAGAGGCACAAUCAGACUCUGAGAACGUACGGUCCUUACCUGCGGAAUGGACUGCCUCCUCCUCAUAUGCUUUUCGCUAUGCACAUUCGCAGUCGUCGAUGGAAUUUCUGGUCAAAGUGAAUCGCUUAGGAGGAAAAGCCCUCAUAUUUGGUGUCGGCCUCCCGGAUGAGAAGACAGCCUCUUUCGAGGUAAAAGCACAAGAGUACAUCUCAGAGGGUUCCAUCAAGGAGACAACCACAGCUUCGGACCAAACUAGUGCACUACGCAAUGUAUUCAUUUCAAAUGGACGCAUCACCGACCUGGCCUCUCUGUUCAAAGUCAACAUCAUACAGAAACUGGCACCAGGUAUUGCAAAAGCGGGGUACGAAGAGACAACCUCUACAACACAGCAACGCUCACGGCAAGAGGAGCCUAGGGCACCAGCACGAGAUCCACUGCGCGAUGAUCAGCCUCAACCUGCGCGUCCAUAUCCCUUCGAUGACCCUUUGGCAGCAGUACCAAGACGACCCCAACCCGCAGGUGACUUCUUACCUCCAGAGUUUGAAGACGAAUACGAACUCAACAGACCGGCACGUGGAAUGGCGCCCCUACGACAGCCGUUUGGAAACAUUGGAGAUAGAGAUUUGUAUCCUCCUGGUCUAGGUCCAAAUGACCCUCUGAGGAUGGGACCUGGGGGAGGUUUCCGUGGAGGUGGCGGUAUGCACCCCACGUUUGACGAUCCUCUAUUUGGCGGUCAGGGCGGUCAGCAACCUUACGACCCAAGAGCGCCCCCGGGUGCUAGGUACGACCCCAUCGGUCCUGGAGAUGGUCCGCCAAAUCUGGGAGGUGGUCCUCGGUUCCCUGGUGGAGGUAGUGGUGGUUUUGGUGGUGGCAACCCAUUUGGAGGCUUUGGCAGCGGUGACUUUAUCUGA